AUGUCUUUUUUUUCAGAUAUUUUACGAGAUGUGAAAGACCCAGAAAAACCAGAAACAUUAGAAGAAUUAAAUGUAUUAAGUGAAGAAUCUAUCACUGUAUCUAGGUUAACGGGAGAUCAGUUGUUAAUACAUGUUGAAUUUACUCCUACUGUACCUCACUGUUCUUUAGCUUCCUUAAUAGGUUUAACUAUUAGAUCAAAACUACAAGAAUGUCUUCCUGAAAAGGCUAAGGUUGAUAUAAAAAUAAAGAAGGGAACCCAUACAACAGCUGAUGAAAUCAAUAAACAGAUAAAUGAUAAAGAAAGAAUAGCUGCAGCGAUGGAGAACCCUAAUUUACGAGCCUUAGUGAAGGAAUGUACCACUGAUAUUGAUGAUACUUAUUAUUAA